AUUUGUGAGGGAAGGCCAAAACGGAAUCUCUCCGCACGGUAUGUGAAACGUUUCUUUUCUUCUCAGAAAGGCGGCAGAAAAUAGAGUUUCAUAUCAAAAACGCAAUAAAAGAAGCUCUAAUAAUAAUUAAUAAGGAAAAAGACAGUUUGUGACCGUCCAGAAUGUUUACACUUGAGACUUUAGGAGUUUUGCUACUGCUUGCAAGUAUGUCGGCGGACAGGAACUUGCCAGUCAUUCCCGAGGACACUUUGGAAUGUCAUCGACGAGAAUUCACUUUUAAAGCAUCGCAGACCGAUGAAAAUGGGCUUCAGUGCUGGGAUUUUGUGACAGCUGCAUCGUGCUGGGGACGAUGUGAUACUGGAGAGAUUGGGGAUUGGCGUUUUCCGUUUAAGAGGCCAUUUCAUCCAGUUUGUAUGCACGAGAAUCGGGAACUUCGGAGAACUAUUCUACGAAAUUGCGAUCCUGGAGCUGACUUACGGUUAACUGGAUAUGAGUACUACGAGGCACUAACAUGUGCUUGCUACCUUUGUGAUUCUUCAUCCACUAGUUGCCAGGGAAUUCCCACAUAUGAUGAUCCCGAACGAAAAGAAGGUUUUACAACAGUUGUCAAUCUUCCUGGACGCAUAAUUCCCCUGGAAACCAUUGAAUGAUGUAUUUUCUUUCUCAUGAAUACAGUAGAAAUUUCUACAAGAUAAAGAAAGACAAUAAACAAAAAAUUAAGUUCCA